AUGGCGAGCUUAGGAACGUCGGAGAGACUUGCUCUCAUCCGAGAGAAUCUUGCGGAGACCCUGAAUUUCGAAAUCAUCGAAAAUAUCAUUGCAGAAGGGAACAACCCGAAGGUCUACUGGGGUACGGCCACUACGGGUCGCCCUCACUGUGGCUACUUCGUCUCAGCCGUCAAGAUGGCCCAACUGCUGGCCGCCGGUUGCGAAUUGAAGGUGCUGCUAGCUGAUAUUCACGCCUUCCUGGACAGUCUCAAAGCGCCCAUUGAGCUGGUUGAAAGCCGGGUCGAGUUCUACCGAUACACGAUAACUGCCAUGCUUCGGGCGGUGGGGGUUUCGACUGAGAAGCUUACGUUUGUCCUGGGCAGCUCGUACCAGAAGAGUUCCGAAUACAUAAUGGACGUUUACAGACUCUGUUCCUACAUAUCCGAGCACGAUGCGAAGCGGGCCGGUGCCGAGAUUGUUAAACAGUCCGCCAAUGGGCCCCUGAGUGGUCUUCUUUACCCCAUUCUGCAGGUCUUGGACGAACAGUACCUGGAUGUCGAUAUUCAGUUUGGAGGUCUUGAUCAACGUAAGCUGUUUAUCGCUGCAAAGGAGUGGUUGCACAAGCUUGGCUAUAAACAGCGCGCACAUAUCAUGAACCCAAUGGUUCCUGGGCUGCACGGUGGUAAGAUGAGCUCUAGUGACCCAGACAGUAAGAUCGACCUUCUUGACCCCCCUGAGGUUGUCACCAGGAAGAUAGGCAAAGCCGUUUCUGCGCCCAAAGUCGUGGAGGAAAACGGGGUUCUGGCCUUUGUCGAGCACGUUCUGCUUCCGGCCUCGGCUUUGCGUGGGAGACGAGAGUUCCGCGUUGACCGGGACCGUGAUGGCUUGGAGCCACUGGUCUACAACACGAUUGCCCAAAUGCACGAUGAUUACAGGGAUGAUGUGUUGACGCCGCAAUUACUCAAGCCUGCUGUCGCAAAGGCUCUGAAUGCUCUUUUGGCACCGAUACAAGAAGCAUACCAAGCUUCAACAGAAUGGCAGGAGAUAGCUCUGAAAGCAUAUCCGCCUCCUCCGACAAAGGAGAAGAAAGUCAAGGACAAGGGGGACAAGGGUACCCGUCACCCUGAGGGGAAACCAAAGAAACAUUGA